AUGGCAUAUAACGGAUAUGGCUAUCCUCAAUACCAACACACGAACUCGCGUGCCCAGCAGAGCCAAACCCCGUACGCUCCGCCGUCUCAAACCCCAAAGCCGGCCGCACCAGCUCCCGAGAACAGAUCUCAGGAUUAUGGACAACAGAAUAACAGCUGGAAUGGACAGAAUGUGUCUAGGCAACAGACAUCAAGUCAGCAAAAUGUUAGGAAUAGCUACUGGUUAUCGCCCGCAAACAACACCGCAAGUCAACCUAUAACCUAUCAACAGCAAGUGUCAUAUCGCAUGUCAGGUACGAAUCAGACUACAACUGCCCAUCAAUAUAAUAACCAGGCACAUUCUCUGGGCGGUACCAAUACGCAUGUCAUAGACAACUAUGGCGGCGAAUCUAACCCGAACAUGGGCGUAAGGAGGGAUAUGGUAAAUUCUGGUGCUCGUUAUACCUCCAGCCCCCUUCAGGGCCAAGCUGCUGCUAUUCCUCCCGUUACGACCUCUCAGAACCCUCAGUCUUAUCAAUCUACCACGCCAUCACAUCAAUCUGACUAUAUGCAAAACCCUCGCACCGUUGCAGCCACAGCCAUGACCGCCCUGUCCACCGCCGCUCGGCGUAACUAUACCCAGAAUGCGCCGGCUGCCAGUGCAAACUCUUAUCAGGUAUCGAAUUCAGCUCGAUAUAACGCUUCAGCCGGUGACCCUACCGGUCACUCGCCUGCAACAAAUACUUCAAGCUCUUCAAACACAUAUCAAUACCAGACAACCAAUCCUGGCCAAGUCAUAGAAGCAGGCACAGCUACUUCUAACUCCUUAAACCAGACAAGCAAUACCUCGGACAUGAGCACUCAUUCGGUCACUUCAAGCGCAGAGCCCUCACCACAACUUCAACACCGCGUUCAUCAAACAAAACCAGCCACGUCUCGCUCCCCUACACUUUUUCAGCAUCCGAACAGGACUAGCUCCAGUUCUCAGAUCCGUCGUCCAGGCCAGGAGUUCUCUAUGAAUACUGCAAAACCUGAUAACGGACGCGCCUCUCCAGCCAUGAGUCAAAGGCCUUAUUCACAACCAACAGACACAAGCUCUGUCACGGCUGAGUCACCAACUCAGAACUCAUUGCCCCGAUUUGUCGAUCCAACAAACAUAUAUAAUCCAUAUUACGGCCAAUUUGGAACUUCCGGAGUAACAAACACAGCCCACGCAUCGGUUGAACCAGAUGUAACAAGCGUGACUGGUGGUAUUGAAGGAAUACAGGUGGAGACACAGCAAAAUUCCACUCAGCCUCCAGCUCAAAAUGCUACACCAUCAGAAGUGGCACCUAAUACAACAGUAUCCAAUGUAGCUACUAAUGCGCUGGAAGCAUCAAUAACGAAAGAAGCUUCAAAGGGAACUCCUCAGGGUGUCUCAAAUGAUGCUCCAAAGAAAGCGAGGAAGAGACCGAAUCGAAAACAGAAACCAGGGACUGCGUCCGCCCCAAUUUCGCCGUCAACUCAACCUCAAACCACUUCGACCACACAGGAAGAAGCCAAUGGAAAAGAGGACACAGCUACUCAGAUGCAAAGGAUGCUUGAUGAAAUGCGCAAGAAAGACCCGGACCUAUUUAAAUCAAUCUUGGCUGCGAAUAUGGGUAAACAAGAGAGUAGCGGACAAACAGCUCCACAGGUUCCAAGCAAGGUUGAUAAUACGUCUGCGAAAACUUACAUUGAAGAAUCUAGCAUCGCUAGUUCCUCGCAACUUCCACCUCCGCACAGCUCCAAUAAUCUACCGAAGAAAAAGGCACGCAAUAAACGUGCGACGGGUGACGCGGUGUUCCUAAUAAGUACACCAGCCCAAAAAGGAGCUUCACCCUCAAUUAUUAAUAACAACAAUAUGUCUACUGAAAAUACACAAGCUGAACAACACCAUGAAACAGCACUACCCUCCACCAGACCUAGCCAAACACAAAAUAUUAAGACCAUUAUCCCAGAGCAAGUCGCUAAACCAGGAUUCAUUGAUGGUUUACCCGACUUAGGGAAAUUCCCAGCAUUACGCCGAAAGCGGAGAUUGAAAGCUAGUUUGACUGCUAAUGAGUCCAGUCCUGCCCCUAAUAGUAAUCUAGGACUGGAAAAUGAGAUAAGUGCAGCACAUCUGAGUGGUCAACCUGUGCCGGCUCCUGAAGCACCUACCUCUGUGCCUCAACCAUAUGCCUCCUUGAGCGUGGAAGAGCAACGGCUGAGCCUUUUGGAUAACUUCACCAAGACGGGACAUGCUGAGUUUCCCCAGUCGCCUAAUAUCCCCCCAUCUUCAACUGAAGAUAUACAACUCACCCAGGAAGGCCAUCCUCGCACUACGCUUGACGCUCCGCUACCACUUCAAGGACAAUCACAACCUGCAGGAGACGAGGUGGGAAAGGAAGAACGAAUGACUUCUUUUUGGCCUGACCAGAAGCGACGUUUGCUAGCCGAGUCUGCCUGUCAAUAUAUUUCCACAUUCCCAGGAAAUGACUCAAUCACUUCUGACUUUAUAUCAAGCCUAAUUGAACAGAAUCCAAGUUAUGUACAGCUUUGCAACAUGUUGGAAGGUCAUGGAUACACGAUAAAUAAGGUCCACUUUGCAAAGCAUCUUUUAAAAACCUUUCCCGACCUCGGCGAGAGCUCAAACAAAGAGACGAAGGCUACUUCUGAGCCGGCUAUGCAAACUUCUCAGCCUAGCUUACCAGAUUCAUCCUUCGUUUCUUCAACUCCUGCUGAUCCAAUACAAAUAGCAAUACCCCAACAAAACCUAGAAGUGACGGCGCUCCAACCAGGCAGUGUUCCUAGUAAAUCGGUGUCGGCUCUGCCUCUAUCAAGAGAAAAACAGCGCCAGAAAUCCCUUAAUUUACUCCAUAUAUCCAAGCGGCGCAGAAAAAGUGCUCCUCAACACCGCUCAUCCAUUUCAGCCUCACCCGCACCCCAACCACGGGAGCCAUUUCCUAAUUCUAAAGAGGCCAUGGCACGGAAACGAACUUUUGCUGAGAUUGUUGACCUUUCUCAGGCCAUUAGCGACGAGGACGAGAGCGAGGCUGAGGAUGAAGUGCUAGAUCAGCCGAACCUGCUAGAGAUUGCUGUUGAAGACACAAUGAACACCUCGCUUGAUGUCACCAUGGAAGAUGCAAUUAACGUCACCCCUGUCCAGCGUAAUACCCCCGAAAUCCUACCUCAAUGCCCAUCAGAAGACCGCAAAGUUGUCCCAAGCGUCCAGAAACAACUUGUUAGAUCUCGCGAGCCGUCACCUGCAGUACAACCUAUGCCAGAGAAACCCACCAGCAUGGCUAAACCUAAACAUGUCGACGCAACACCACAGCCUACUGGAAAGGAAGACCUUCGUCGUUACAAUGGUAUUGUUAAGCCCAUGAACAAAGCCAAGGCCCUGAAACGAUCAUACUACGAUCCUCGGACAAUCGCUAGAGAUAUCUUGAUUGCGGCUGGCCGCCAUCCUACGGAACGUUCACUCAACUAUCACUUACUCAAGCUGAAGGAAAAUUUUCAAUUCGUCGAUUACACCUCGGACCUUGAGACGUUCCGAUGGGAUCUCGUGGAUCCUGGCGGUCCUCCUCCCCCGAAAAUUGCCCCUGAGCCACUUUUAUCCCAGCCGAAGUCCCAUUCACGUGACGAUUUUAUAUCACGUGAUGAAACUAGCGCUGGAAGGCGAUUUCAAUCGGAGCGCGGACCUUCACAGCUCAGAAUCUCUCACACCGUCAACACGGACUCAUCUUCCACUCCUCCAAGACCCAUGGCUCCAACACCCCAAAAGCCAACGUUUGCAUCUUCUCUUCCUACAAGACGACGACCCGGACGUCCUCCAGGAGCGAAAAAUAAGCCCAAGGCUAUCCCUUCAGUCGCGAGUAAAGUUGAAGUUGCUGUCCCCAGAGCCACGCCACAAUAUCCGUCAAAUAAAUACCCAAUAUAUGAAUGCGGUUUUGAUGGCUGUGGAGCUAAACUGCAUAACUUUGAGAUAUUUCGAAAGCAUGUCUUAAAGCUACAUAGCCAGUCUGGCAAAGAGCAGGCUAUCUGUAGGUGGACAGGAUGUGCGUCUGGGGAAGCAGCACCGCGUAUCUUUUCUACCGAGGGGCUCAAGCAGCAUUUGGACAGUGUGCAUUUGAGUCCACUAGCUUGGAAAUUGGGUGACGGGCCCAAGUCUGUAUCCUCUGGUGAGACUGGAAAGUUCCAUCUACCGAUUGUUAUUUCCUAA